AUGGCUCUUAAGAAAUCAGCUUUGAUUCUUCCACUAGUAAUAUUAAUGCUAGUGGUGAGUUCUGAAGCUGGAGGAAUUGCUAUCUAUUGGGGACAGAAUGGAAAUGAAGGGACAUUGGCUCAAGCUUGUGCCACUAGAAACUAUCAAUUUGUGAUCUUAGCAUUCCUGUCAACAUUUGGCAAUGGACAGACACCAAUUAUCAAUCUAGCCGGACACUGUGAUCCGUACAGUAACGGAUGCACCGGAUUGAGCUCUGAUGUCCGGUUGUGUCAAGCCAAAGGAAUCAAACUCUGGAACAACUUCUUGGGCGGACAAUCCUCGUCUCGUCCUCUAGGUGAAGCUGUUUUGGACGGAAUCAACUUUGAUAUUGAAGGUGGGACCUCUCAACACUGGGAUGAACUUGCGAGGUACCUUUCUCGGUACAGCACGCAGGAUGAGAACUUAACAGCAGGCAGCAGCUCCCCAAUGCCCAUUCCCCGAUGCAUGGAUGGGAGGUGCCUUGAAAACAGGCCUUUUCGACUAUGUCUGGGUUCAAUUUUAGAACAACCCUCCUUAUCAAUACUCUUUGGGGAACUCUGCAAACAUCGAAAAUGCGUGGAAACAAUGGACUCAUCUAUUCCUGCUACGAAGAUUUUCCUAGGACUACCAGCAGCACCAGGUGCAGCUGGGAGUGGCUUCGUUCCUGCAAAUGUUCUGAUUUCAAAAGUUCUUCCAACUCUCAAAGGUUCUAACAAGUAUGGAGGUGUUAUGCUCUGGUCCAAAUACUAUGAUGAUCAAACUGGCUAUAGUUCUUCCAUUAAAACCCAUGUCUAA